AUGCCGCCCACCCUUGACCUCAGCCGAACUGCACACUCCAAGAUGAUCAUAUCGCCGCCAAGGAUCAACCUCCGGAGGGCAGCCUCAUACAACCACGACAAGGGCCCCAUUUCCUCCACCUCUUCGCGGUUCAGUUUCAACCACCUCGUCUUCUCUCCACCUCCGUCCCCGGGCCUGCCAUCUCUCUCUCCCCCUCCCCCUCCUAAGCCGAGGGGCCUGACUGGUCUUGCGCGUCCUAGCAGGAUAGCCCGCCUUGUCGUCCGCCUUUUGGCCCUCCUGUUAAUUCUCUAUGCUGCCGCGGCAGCAGUAAGGCUGGCCAGUCCCGUUAUCCCCUGGUCAUCCCAAUCUCCUGCCAUACCAGAGGCAUUAGAGCAUGAGAAUUUGCCAGACUUCCCAACCCCGGUCCUCGUCACCGACAAGCGAGGUAGGACAAAGUGGACUGUUUCUAUACCGUCAAGCUAUGAAUUCCCCUUGACGAGGCGCGAGUACUCGGACAUGUGUGAAAAGUGUCAAGAAGUGUCGGAGCAUGCUCAUAGCCACCGGUCCCACGGAAGCAGCUCGCCGCAAACCUACCUAGGAUUUGGCUCCGUCUCGGCGGAUCAUGAUUUUAUCGAUGUGAAAGAAGCCGAAAAGGCUGGAUACCUUCCCAACUCAGCGGUCAGAGAGAGGGCAAACGAGGGCGGUGCUGCAGAGAAACCAGUGUGCGACAAGAGUUUGACCUUUGUCCUUGAGUCAGCCGAUGCAGGCAUAGGCACGGCCUUGCUGAUGCUGUGGACGGCAUACGGGCUUGCACAGGAGGAGGGCAGGGCCUUCUUCAUCGACGAUACGCGGUGGGCAUAUGGGAAGUAUGCCGAUAUCUUCCAGCCACCCCCUUCCCCGGAAUGUCUAGCACCUCCCAAACACGAGAUACUACCCUGCCCGCGACAGGCGAAACAUCUUGUAGCUUCGGCUGCAACAGCACACGUGCUCUUUGGAACUCCCACGACAGACUCAGAUGCCACUUCAUCAGGUUUAUUGGACUCGUCGGCCCGCAAGGUCGAGUUUGAGCUGGCGCGCCAAGGCCACGAGGCGCUUUUCAAGCUUAACAAGGAAGACGGCGACUAUAUCGACACCCGAUUGCAAGAGCUCAUGGCCCGUCGGAUAGUGCCCAAGGCCAGAGGCACACAGAACGGGCUGGCCAUCGGCAUCCACGUCCGCCGCGGCGAUCGCCACCCUCUCGAAUACCAGUACCGUCACUCAUACAUGCCCCUUCACAUCUACGCCGACACCGCGCGUGAUUUUAUCGAUGGCAAACUCGACCACACAGGCCCGCGCGGUGUCGAGGACAAGAUAGCGAAGCAGCAUAGCUUUAUCGUCUUGGCCUCGGACGACCCGAUGGUCCAUGUGAGCAGUGAAUUCGCUGGCUCUCGCCCGGCCCAGGAGCGCAUCCGUCUUGCCAGCAAGGAGGCAAUCCAGCAGGCGAACCCACCGAACCGUCAGGUUAUACGCAAGUUUGUUGACGAGACGUUUGGCUGGGAGGGUGGUUUCUUUGCGGCCAUGUUUUGGAAUCUUGGCCAGCGCCAGCAGCAGCAGCCGCAAGCGUCACCACCACCGCCGUCCGCAGAAUCCCUCCGGCUGAGGAGUCUGGUGGCCCGCGCAUACAUGAUGGAUUUGGCAGUGCUGGCCGACGGGACAGACGCUGUCAUAUGCACUGCCAGUGCAGCUGGCUGCCGCCUCCUGGCUGUCAUGAUGGGCUGGGAGAGCGCGUUUGAUCAGGGAAACUGGAUCAACAUUGACGGCGGCGGCGGCGGCGGCGGCGGCUGGGUGGGCGCUUCGUUAUCGUUUUGA